AUGCCACUCUCCGUCGCAUCCCUAAAAACCGUAAGCUCGGAGGCAUCAGCCAUCGAGGAGCGCAAGCUGACGUCAGAUGCGCCGCUCGCCGAGGCUGCUGCGCAGGAUCGGGCUGGGUGUGUGGACGAGGUGGUGACACGACCGUCGCUGGUGCAGCUGCUGACGCACCCCUUGGCGCUCCUCCGCGGCAUUCCCAAGGACGCCGCGUUUUUCAUCUCCGGUGCCGUCGCCGGCGCUGCCGCUAAAACCGCGACCGCGCCGCUAGACCGUUGGAAGCUGAUGAUCCAGGUCAAGAGCGUUCUACCGGGGAAGGUCAUCCCGCCGAGGGAGAUCAACCUCGUUAAGUCGUUUCUGGACAUUGGGAAGGAAGGCGGCGUGACUGCUUACUGGAAAGGAAACCUGCCCCAGGUCAUGCGCAUUGUGCCGUACAGUGCAGUGCAGCUCUUCGCCUACGAGCUCUACAAGAAGCAAUUCCAAGGCAGCAGCAAGGAGCUGUCGGUGCCGGCGCGGCUGGCGGCGGGGGCGUGCGCGGGGAUGACGUCGACGCUGGUGACGUACCCGCUGGACGUGCUGCGACUGCGCAUGGCGCUAGACGCCACCAACGGGAGCAUCGCGCAGGUGGCGAUGGCGAUGGUGAGGGAGGAGGGCGCGAGGUCGCUGUACAAGGGGCUGGGGCCGGCGCUGGUGUCCAUUGCGCCCUACAUCGCGCUCAACUUCUGCGCUUAUGACAUGAUCAAGCGGAGGGUGCCAGAGCAGUACCAGGGCACGCCCCAGGCGAACCUGGUGACGGCGCUGGCAGCCACAACACUGGCGACGGUGUCAUGCUACCCCAUUGACACUGUGCGGCGCCAGAUGCAGAUGAAGGGGUCGCCCUUCAACUCUAUGCUUGAGGCCUUCCCAGGCAUCGUGAAGCGAGAUGGAUGGCUGGGGCUGUACCGAGGCUUUAUUGCCAACACGGUGAAGAACCUCCCUAACAGCAGACCGUCUGGCGGCAGAGCAGCGACGGACGCCAUGACGGCGGAGUUACCCGACGUGACCAACGGCGCGUACUUCCAUGGCGGCUUCGACGACGGGAUAUUCGGCAUGACGGAUUUCGAUGGCAUCGAGUUCGACAUGGGGUUGGCGCAGGACAACCUGGACGCGGCGCACAAGCUCGGGCUGGGCGGCGCGGCCAUGGCCAUGGCGCGCGACAUGGGCGUGGGCGACGCGCCGGGCGACGACGACGACGACGACGACAUUUUCACGCAGCUCGCCGCUGCCGCGCCCGACACGCAGUGCGCAGACCCCAGCAUCUCCUUCGCGGCCGGACUACCAACAGCAGCAGCGGCAGAGGCAGCAGAGCCUGCCGCAGCAGAGCCUGCCGCAGCAGUAGUGCCCACGGUAGACCCUUCUCAUCACUCGCAGCACACGGGGGUGGCGGGAGCGUCGCAAGCGGACGAAGCAGCGCGGGGGAACCAGGACCGCGCGGGCGCGGGGAGCGGAAGGCCCGAGGGGGGGAAGCGGCGGGGGAUAUUCGAGAUUGCGGAAGUUAGCUUAGCGCCGUACUGCGUGUCGUCGGAGGGGGAGCCGAUCGCGGACCGUGGAGGAGGCCUCGCGGGGGGCGGAAGCGCGCGUAAUGGGGGAGAGGACAACGCGCAGCGGAAUUUCGCACCGCAAGGGGGGGAUAUGGGAGCUGCUGGCGCGGGGGAAACGGCGGGGGGAGCAGCGGGGGACGCGGAUUCUCCGGAAGGGUCGGACUGUAGCUUCUCAAUGAGCUCCUCUCCGCCCUCCCCCUCCCGUAUGCGCCAAUACGCGCACAGGCACGCCCACGCGCACGCGCAGGGGUUUGCGCAAAAGCAUGCGGGGGCGGAGGCGGAGGAGGCGCAGGCGCAGGCGCAGACGCAGGGCAUGGGGGUGGUGGGUGACACCGCGCAUGCGGCGGAUGGGCCCGGUUCUCCGCCGUCGUCGUCGUUCGGGCAUAGCCAGGUGUUCAGCCCCAUGGUGUCGCGCACGCGCCCCUCGCAGAAACACAAGGGCGCGGGGAGAACCGCUGGCGCGGCGGACGCGGCGGUGGGAGCGGCGGUGAACGGCGCAACGAGCAGAGGCCUGCCGCACGGGGGCGCGAUGGGGGGGCAACAUGGCGCAGGGAUAGGGGCCAUGGCGAUGCCCGGGGGAAUGCCGGGGGGGAUGUGGGGGGGAAUGCCCGGCGGGAUGCCGCCUGCCGCGGCGGCGGCGGCGAUGGCGCAGCACCACGCGAUGGCGGCGGCGCAGGCGAUGCACAUGGCGGCGAUGCAAGGGCACGCCAUGCCCGGACACCCCGUGCAGGGGCACCCAAUGUCCGCGCACCCGUUCCCCAUGCCGCCGCCUGGGAUGAUGCCCGCGGGGAUGCCUCCGCCCAUGCCCGGCGCAUUGCCCCCCGGGAUGCCCCCCGGAAUGCCCCCUGGCGCAAUGCCUAACGGGAUGAUGUACCCGCAUGGGAAUCCAUACGCCAUGCAGCAGCACAUGCAGCAGAUGCACAUGCACAUGCACAUGCAACACAUGCACAUGCAGCAUGCGCAGCAACAGCAACAGCAGCAGCAGCAGCAGCAGCAGCAGCAACAGUCGCAAAAAUCCGGAAACACCUCCUCUUCCGCCAUACCCGCGGACGACGAUUCCCCCAUGCCCGCCGCAUCCCACGCGCCGUCCCUUCCCGCCCUCCCCGGCCUCCCGCCGCCCUUCAUGUUCCCAGGCAUGAUGUCGCCUCAGGGUUUCCCGGGCGGCGCUGCCCCCGCUUUAGGAACCCCCGUUCCCGCAAUGAGCGGUGCGAGUAGGGCGGGCGGGGGGGGCGCGGGGAGAGUCAAGGCGGAGCCCGUUAGCGCCAGGUCGGGUUUUGGUCGCGCGGGGGGGGAUAUUGUCCCCGUUAAAAGCGAAUCCGUUAGUCCGUCUAAGUCCCCUCGCCCGCGCCCUGGCGCCCCCAGCGGCAGCAGCUUCGCGCCGACACUUCCCCGUCGCCGAAGCUACCACGAAGGCUUGGGCGGGUUGCAGGCUGCGGCUCGGAUGAGCGUGAGCUCAGCCUCGGCGGUGCUGCGGAUGCAGGCCGCGUCAGGUUCGGCAUCAGGAGCUUCGGGCUUUGGGUCUUCUGCUGCGGCGGCGGGGGGCGCGGCGGGAAUGGCGCCAUCGAAGAUGCGGCGCGUGGCUUCCAUGGGGCAGCUGUCGCACCACAGCCGCGCAGGCGGAAGCACCGAGGGGGAGCGAUGGGCGGGCGCGGGGGGCGCGGGAAGCGCAGGCAUAGGUAUGGGCGGAGGCAUUGCCGCGCGGAGAAAGCUGGGGAUGGGCGCGGGGACUGGCGACGGUAGCAGCGGAAACUCAGGGAGCGAGGAGGACGGGAGCGGGGGAGACGGCGCGGGGACGCGCGGAAGAGCAGGGGAAGCGGCGGAGUUGGGGGAAGAGGAGGGGGGAGAAGACGAGCUGAAGCCUCUGCCGUCGAUUCACCUUCAGCAGCAGCAGCAGCAGAUGCUGCUGCGCCAGCGCCUGUUGCAGCGGCGGGGAAUGAUGCCUCGAAGCCACAGCAGCCAUUCUCUAGGUCAGCUGCACAGGCAGGCGCUCGCAGCUGCUGCGGCGGCAGGCGGAGGCGGAGGCGGGGGCGGAGGCGGGGGUGGGCGCGCGGGGCCAGCGGGUAGCAGCGCGGGAGGGGCGCCGUUAGCUUCCCCCAGGAGUAUGGGGCCUCCGCAGAUCCCCCCUGUUUCCCCCCGCGGGGAGUUCGCAGGGGCGCAGGCUGGCGGAAGCAGCAUCAAGCAGCGGGGGAUUGGCGGAGCAUCUCCAGGGGAGUCAGGGGGGGCGGGGAUGGGCGCUCGACCCGGUGCAAUGGGCGGAAGCAGGGGGGGGCAGGCAGGGGGAGCUGUUACGAUGGGGCAAAUGCGCGGAGGUGGGGGCGCGGGAGCAGAUUCGCGGGGGAUGAUGGGGAUGGAGGGGGGCGGAGGGAUGAGCGCAAUUGGGGGAUUGACACCCCCGCGGCUUCCAUCGCUGGCCGGAAUGCGGCGAGUGCAGAGCACAGGCGAUAUCCAGUCUCUGAGCGCCAUGGCUGGGCUGCCCUUCCCCAUGGCGGAUGAUGGCAGUGCUGUGUUCCGCGUGGGGCGCUACACCCUGGAGGAGCGCCAGCAGCGCAUCUCACGCUACCGGCAGAAGCGGCACGAACGCAACUACACCAAGAAGAUCAAGUAUGUGUGCCGCAAGACUCUGGCAGACAGCCGCCCGCGCGUGCGGGGAAGAUUCGCGCGCAAUGAUGACAUGGAGCAAGGCGACGGCAGCAACAGCCAUGGGGACGAGGGGGAGGGGGAACUGCUACCAGACGAUCUCCCAUUGGCCGACGAUUUCUCCCCGGAAGAGUUUUCUGAGUUGCUGUUUGACGGGCCCUUGGAAGCGGAGCGCACGCAGCAAGCACUAGAGCCUCCUUACCGCGUAGCCAUGGCGGCUCUCGCGUCCUCCUGCGUUUCCCUGGGAGCGGUCUCUCUGCCGUCCCAGGCAGUGCAGUGCAGAAGAGAGCAGCUUGGCGUCUCGCGACAACGACAACCCUACCGCCGGUUGCCCGUGUCACGAGCUGCAGCCUCGCCUGAAGGCAAUCAGGCCUCCACAGCCACUGACACGCCUCCUGCUCCUGCUGGUAGCAGUGAGAGCAGGGUCUCUGGAGACGUGUGCAAGGCGUGUGGCAGGGCAGACAGGGUGGGAGGCUGCAAUGGGGAAGGUCGUAUUCAGGGCGGCGUCGGUGCGCUCCCGGGCUUUCAGUGGUUCCCAGUGAAGGUGUAUCGGCCGUGUCCCGCGUUUGUUGAGGCUGGCGGAAAGUACAAGCGCCUGGGCCAGAGCCUUGAUGAAAUGGCGUUUGGUACGAAAGCGGAUGGGGACGACAAGGACAUCUCUGAACGCCUGAAGGGUUAA